AUGAUUAUUGGCGCAAAUGGUGAUUCGCUCUUUAAGCGCUUGAUGAACGCGAUGGGCCGAGCUGACUUGGCGGAGGACCCACGGUUUGCCGAGAACAGUGGCCGCUGCAAGCACCAGGAGCUUCUCGACCAAGCCAUCAUUGAAUGGACGUCCUCCAAUGAUGCUUCAGAAGUUCAGGCGGCUUGCAAGGCGGCGGCCGUUCCUUGCGGCCCCAUUUUUUCCAUCAAGGAGAUCAUGGACGAUGAACACUUUCAAAGCCGAAAAUGCUUCGAGGAGGUUGAGCUCUCCCACGGGGGACAUCUUAAAGUGCCGGCGAUCGGGCCAAAGCUCUCUUGGUCGCCUGGUCGUACUGAUUCUGGUGGUCCAUCCAUUGGUCAGCAUAGUGAUGAGGUCCUCAGGGAAAAACUUCAGUUCAGUGAAGAUGAAAUCUCAGCCUUGCGCAAUGAUCGUGUGAUAGCUUAA